AUGGUCGGAGGGGGACCUCCACACUUCGUGCUCGUGGUUUUAAAAAGCACUGUGCUUUGUCACUUUGUCUCUAGUUCUGCUGAGGGCUUGCUGUCUCUAAAUGUGAAACUGCCUCCACAGGUUGAACUUCUUGAAGCAGCUCUUGAACGCAAUACCAUCGUCUGCUUGAAUACUGGCUCAGGGAAGACCUUCAUUGCAGUACUUCUAACAAAAGAGCUCUCCCACCAAAUACGUGGACCUUACCAAGAAAAUGCGAAGAGGACUGUUUUUCUAGUGAACACAGCUGCUUCUGUAGUUCAGCAAGCAGCUGCAGUCAGGACUCACUCUGACCUCAGUGUGGGAGAGUAUACAGAUCUGGAGGAGACCUUAGCAUGGACUGACCAACGGUGGAGUCGACAGAUAACAGAAAAUCAGGUGCUGGUCAUGACUUGCCACAUAUUCCUUCAUGUUCUGAGGAAUAAAAUCUUACCAUUGUCGAAAAUCAACUUGGUGGUGUUUGAUGACUGCCACCUGGCCAUCACAGACCACCCGUACUGUCAGAUAAUGAAGCUGUUUGAGGGCUGCUCCUGCACUCCUCGUAUCCUCGGUCUCACAGCUUCCAUUCUGAAUGGAAAGUGUGACCCAUCAGAACUGGAGCAGAAGAUUCAGAAUCUGGAAAGAAUCCUUAAGAGCAAUGCUGAAACUGCUACUGAUCUCGUGGUCCUGGACAGAUACGCCUCUCAGCCAAGAGAAGUGGUGUUGGACUGCGGUUCCUAUGUGGACAAGAGUGGCCUCUCCUCCCGUUUGCAGGCUGAACUCAAUGAAGCUCUUCACUUCCUGAAUGACUGCAACAUAUCUGUGGUCAAGGAGGACCGUGAUCCCACAUUCAUCUCCAAACAGGUCCUCAAUGACUGCCGGGCCGUACUGCAGGUGCUGGGGCCCUGGUGUGCAGAUAAGGCAGCAGGCAUCAUGGUGCGCGAGCUUCAGAAGUACAUCAAACACGAGCAGGAGGAACUCAGCCGCAAAUUUCUACUCUUCACGGACACUAUUCUGCGCAAAGUGCACGCUCUCUGUGAGGAGCAUUUCUCCCCCGCCUGCCUGGACCUCAAGUUUGUCACGCCAAAGGUCCUACGGCUGCUUGAGAUCCUGCACGAAUACAAGCCGUUUGAGCGGCAGCAGUUUGAAAGUGUGGAGUGGUACAACAACCGCAACCAGGACAACUAUGUGUCCUGGAGCGACUCUGAGGAUGAAGAUGAGGAUGAAGAGGUGGAAGCCAAAGAGAGGCCUGAAGCUAACUUUCCCUCUCCAUUCACAAAUAUCCUGUGUGGAAUCAUCUUUGUGGAGAGGCGACUGACACUCUUUCCGUUCUCCAGUCUUAUCAAGGAGGCAGGGAAGCAGGACCCAGAGCUUGCUUAUAUAAGUAGCAACUUCAUCACUGGCCACAGCAUUGGCAAGAACCAGGCACGCAACAAACAAAUGGAGGUGGAGUUCAGGAAGCAAGAGGAGGUUCUUCGCAAAUUCCGGGCUCACGAAACGAACCUUCUGAUUGCCACCAGCAUCGUCGAGGAAGGCGUAGAUAUUCCAAAGUGUAACUUGGUGGUGCGGUUUGACUUGCCUACAGAGUACAGGUCCUACGUCCAGUCCAAAGGCCGAGCUCGGGCACCUGUCUCCAACUACAUCAUGCUGGCUGACACUGGCAGGACCAAAGCCUUUGAAGAAGAUCUCAGUACCUACAAGGCCAUAGAAAAAAUCUUAAGGAAUAAGUGCUCCAAGUCAGUGGAGGUAAGUGAGUUUGAAGUGGAACAGGUGAUGGAUGAUGACAACAUUCUCCCACCCUACGUCCUGCGGUCUGAGGAUGGAGGUCCUCGAGUCACCAUCAACACGGCCAUCGGUCACAUUAACAGGUAUUGUGCUCGGCUGCCCAGCGACCCAUUCACACACCUAGCACCAAAAUGUAAAACCGUGGAGACGGGGGACGGAUGUUUCCAGUCUACUCUCUACUUGCCUAUAAACUCCCCUCUGCGAGUUCCUGUCAAGGGUCCAGUGAUGAAUUGUGCAAGAGUGGCAGAGAAGGCAGUUGCACUAGUAUGCUGUGAGAAACUCCACAAAAUAGGUGAACUGGAUGAUCACCUGAUGCCCGUGGGAAAGGAGACGGUAAAAUACGAGGAGGAGCUUGAUCUUCACGAUGAGGAGGAGACCAGUGUCCCGGGCCGGCCUGGUUCUACAAAGAGAAGGCAGUGCUACCCCAAAGCUAUACCGGAGUGUCUCUGUGACUGUUAUGCAGUACCGGAGCAGAGCUACUACCUGUAUGUGAUUGGGAUGGUGCUCACCACUCCCCUCCCUGAUGAGCUCAAUUUCCGUAGAAGAAAGCUCUACCCGCCAGAGGACACCACCAGGUGCUUCGGCAUACUGACUGCCAAACCCAUACCUCGAAUUCCCCAUUUCCCGGUGUACACUCGCUCUGGUGAGGUGACCAUCUCCAUCGAGUUGCAGAAGUCUGGCUUCACGCUCACCACUGCCCAGCUCGACCUCAUCACUCGUCUCCACCAGUACAUUUUCUCCCAUAUUCUCCGCCUGGAGAAACCUGCACUGGAGUUCAUGCCCACAAUGGCUGACUCUGCUUACUGUGUUCUACCUCUGAAUGUUGUUGGCGACUCCAACACACUAGAUAUGGAUUUUAAGUUUAUGGAAGACAUUGAGAAGUCUGAGGCCCGCACUGGCAUUCCUACUACUCAGUACACAAAGCAGAACCCCUUCACCUUUAAGCUGGAGGACUACCAGGAUGCUGUCAUCAUUCCAAGGUAUCGCAACUUCGACCAGCCUCAUCGCUUCUAUGUCGCUGAUGUGUACGCAGACCUGACACCACUCAGCAAGUUUCCUUCGCCAGAGUACGAGACUUUCGCUGAGUACUACAAAACAAAGUACAACCUGGACUUGUCUAACCUUAACCAGCCGCUCCUGGAUGUAGACCACACCUCCUCCAGACUGAACCUGUUAACCCCUCGACACCUAAACCAGAAGGGCAAAGCCCUGCCACUCAGCAGUGCAGAGAAGAGGAAGGCCAAGUGGGAGAGUUUACAGAACAAACAGAUCCUGGUUCCAGAGCUGUGUGCCAUCCACCCUAUUCCAGCCUCCCUGUGGAGAAAAGCCGUGUGUCUGCCCAGCAUUCUUUACCGCCUACACUGCCUGCUGACUGCUGAGGAGCUCAGAGCUCAGACAGCUAGUGAGGCUGGAGUGGGAGUCCAGACCCUCCCCCCUGACUUCAGAUAUCCAAACCUGGACUUUGGCUGGAAAAGGUCUAUUGACAGCAAAACCUUCAUAUCCUGCCCUGAGUCCUGCAGCGAGGAAGGUGCCAGUCACUGUAAGCACCAAGAGACUAUAAGCCCUGUUCCCAGUUCCCUGAUGCUUCCCAGUGGUGAGCACUCUUCCAUGUCUGAGCAGGAGGACUUCAAAGCUUUAGAUUCUGAAGAAGGCCCCUGCACCAGGAACCUAACUAAUGGCACCGCCUUCUUUGCUAGCUGUGACGAUGGCAACCAAAAUGAGCACCUUCCCCAAUGUGACAAUUGCCAAUGCUCCCAGCUCAGCUUAGCUGGGCUGCAGAGCUCCAAAUCAGUACAAAGCACUACCUCAGUUCUUGUGCAGCCCCCUCACACCUUGAAGAAGCCCAACUCCAGUCCUCCACAGCCUAGUGAUGAAUGUACAUCGGGGAGGACUUCAGACCACACAAAAAAAGCUACCUCAGUCUGCAGCCGAGCAGCCACGAGUCCCAACACUCCCACAGCACCUUCUGAUGUCUGUGCUCAUCCCCAGCAUGGAUCCCACGCAGCAAACUCACCCAAGAGCUUGGGGCCCAACCCCGGUCUCAUCCUGCAGGCCCUGACCUUGUCUAAUGCCAGCGACGGCUUCAACCUGGAGCGGCUGGAGAUGCUCGGUGACUCUUUCCUGAAGCAUGCCAUCACUACAUACCUGUUCUGCACUCUGCCUGAUGUCCAGGUGAGCAACUGUAACCUGUACCGUCUGGGAAAGAAGAAAGGGCUUCCUAGCAGAAUGGUGGUGUCCAUCUUCGACCCUCCAGUUAACUGGCUGCCUCCUGGAUAUGUGGUCAACCAGGACAAGAGCAGCACCGACAGACUGAAUUCAGAGGAGGCCAAAGAGGAGCUUUUGGCCAACGGGCGAUCUGGACACGAAUAUGAUGAGGAUGAUGACGAGGGCGAGGAUGUAGAUGAAGAUGGCGAGUUGAUGCUGAAAGAUGAGCCAAAAGAUGAAGUGAACAUGGAGGAUGAUCUUGAGUAUUACAAGGAGCACAUCCGCUUCAUUGACAACAUGUUGCUGGGAUCUGGAGCAUUUGGGAAGAAGAUCUCAUUGAGUGGCUUCCCUCCCAAUCUCACUCCAGCUUCAGGCUCCUCACCAGCUAUGGAAUCUCCGUAUGAUUGGAAGACCCCCAAGAAGCCCUCCCAUCCAACCGCAGCUCAUUACCCCACAGAGCAGGUGCCCAGUGGGCCCUCACCUGAGGAGUUUGACUACAGCUCGUGGGAUGCAAUGUGCUACCUGGACCCCAGCAAGGCCGGUGAGGAGGAUGACUUUGUGGUAGGCUUUUGGAAUCCGUCGGAAGAGAACUGUGGCACUGAGCUCGGUAAGCAGUCCAUAUCCUACGACCUGCAUACAGAGCAGUGCAUCGCAGACAAGAGCAUCGCGGACUGUGUCGAGGCUCUGCUAGGUUGCUACCUGACCAGCUGUGGAGAGAGAGCUGCACAAAUGUUCCUGUGUUCACUGGGCCUCAAGGUUUUACCAUUGGAGAGAGGGACUCUGACCGGAGCAGUGGCACAGGUUCACACUCAUACUCAAGUCGCAGACCUGUGUUACGGCUGGCUCAAGAUCCCACCCCGCUGCAUGCUGGACCAUCCAGAUGCAGAACGAACUCUCAACCACCUCAUAUCUGGCUUUGAGAACUUUGAGAAAAAGAUCAACUACACUUUUAAGAACAAGGCUUAUCUCCUGCAAGCCUUCACGCACGCUUCCUACCAUUAUAACACCAUUACAGAUUGUUACCAGCGGCUGGAGUUUCUUGGCGAUGCAAUUCUAGACUACCUCAUAACAAAGCACCUUUACGAAGACCCACGGCAGCACUCUCCUGGAGUACUGACCGACCUGCGCUCAGCGCUCGUCAACAACACCAUCUUUGCCUCUCUGGCUGUUAAAUACGAUUAUCACAAGUACUUCAAGGCCAUCUCGCCAGAGCUUUUCCACGUCAUUGAUGACUUUGUGCAGUUUCAGCUGGAGAAGAAUGAAAUGCAAGGCAUGGACUCUGAGCUGCGGCGCUCCGAAGAAGACGAAGAGAAGGAGGAGGACAUUGAAGUCCCUAAGGCCAUGGGAGAUAUCUUUGAGUCGCUAGCUGGAGCAAUUUACAUGGACAGCAGGAUGUCAUUGGAGACUGUGUGGCAAGUGUAUUAUCCAAUGAUGAGGCCACUUAUAGAGAAAUUCUCUGCCAAUGUGCCACGCUCUCCUGUGAGAGAGCUGCUCGAGAUGGAACCAGAAACGGCAAAGUUCAGCCCUGCAGAAAGAACGUAUGAUGGGAAAGUCCGCGUGACGGUGGAGGUCGUCGGAAAGGGCAAGUUUAAAGGUGUUGGCCGCAGCUACCGGAUUGCCAAGUCGGCAGCGGCGCGACGAGCUCUGCGCAGCCUCAAAGCCAAUCAACCUCAGGUCCAAAACAAUUGAGCUCUCUUACUGAGCUGUCAGCAUUAGCACCUAAGUUACCGAAGCCGACAGAGCAACGUCGGCUUCCGAACACAGCACGAUACUAGCCCUGUAUCUUUAGCCUGUGAUGGCACAACAACGGCACCCAGGGAACACUGUGUGCAGACACAACAAUUGAAGAAGACUGAUAUCACAGCCUAUUUCACAUUAGAUAUUCUACCUUUCUUCUUUUUUUUGCGCAAACACAAUCUUUACUUUUCCUCUCUGCUUUGUGUAAUCAUGAGUGCUUUAUUAACGUAUAGCAAAGUGUUUAUAAAAAAAAAAAGGUCAGGUCACAGUGUCAAUUCCCCACUGUUCUUUUUGUUGUCAUCUGUUUUUAACCUUGUGUCAGUGAGAUGAGGCUUAUGCUUAUUGUGUAGUAUUAGAUUGUACAUAGUUCAAUCAGAGGUGUAUGUAGGAAGAAAAAAAAACGCUAAACUCCUCAGCCUGUGCACUAGUGCCAGUCAGUUUUAAAGCGGUUUGUAAAAUGCUAACGGCAGACGUGGCUAACAGAUACCACUGGAACAAACACCUGGUGGGAUUUCUGUCUAAUCUGUCUUGAAAUGUAUUCUUGAUCAGUUUUGCACUUAUUCCAUUAGGAUCUGUUAUUUUUAAAAUGGUGUGGUCAGAUUGACACCAAAAUCGUAUACGUAGCAAAGUAUAUAAAUAUAUAUGAAAUGCAUAAAUGAUAUUAUUGGCCUUAGAUGCUAAGGCUCACCGUCAUCCUGCAAAACGGAUAGGAAUUACAACAUUCCCAGUUACUGUAAUUUAAACUAGUUUCUAACCGCACUUGAGGUUGCAUGUUCUUGUAGCUUAUGUGUAAACCGAGACAACUGGACGGCGUCUAUAAAUGUUUCAAGUCUACAGCUAUAUGUAGUGCGACAGCCAGGUGAGAUGUUUAAGGCAUUAUCUCUGCGAUUUGGUUUUAGCGAUGCUAAGAGUGGAUGGAGUCGACUUGGUCAGUCUUGCGCAAUCGAUGUCUUUCCACAGCGAAUCAUCCAGUUUUGAUACGAGGAAAAAAGAGAGACAACUCACCCGUUCAAUAUGCUGCAGAAUUUUCUAAGAGUUGGAUACUCGUGUGUGACACGGGAUCUUUUCAGACCGUCUUUGUGAACAAGACCAAUUCAUUUCAACAGUGUUCCUCACAUCCCUUACCUACCAAAGCUAUAGUAGAUGUGACACUAUGAGAAUGAAGUCAGUUCCUGAGGGUAAGGAUACCAGCCUCGUCUGUGGUUUUUGCUUCUUGCUAAAUGUCUCCCCCCUCAUAAAUAAGCCCUUUUCACUUGAAUACCUCAGUUAAUUGCAUGCAUUUUCUUGUCUUUGUUUUUCUUUUUUGUUUGGUGCUAAUUUUUUUUGUAUUAAGCUUGAACUUCUCAUCUUUUUUGCACUGUAACUAUAAUACCUCUUUAUUUGACCUCCUUUUUUUUUUUUAACUGUUUAGUUUGGUGGUCCUGUUUGUUUGCUAUAGAGCUGUAAAGGAAAGCUGUGUGGUCGACUCUUCUCCCCUCUCAUACUUGAGGCACUUGAUGAUUUUUAGAGGGCGGGGAUAGGAAUUGUUUUCUCUGCACAUAAAUUAGUUUCAUCAUCUAUUCAUUUCAAACAAUUUAGAGUUUCUUUUUGAAUUCAGGGGUAAAACAGACGAUUGAUUGAUCACACGAGGAUACGUGCUUGUAGAGGUAAUCGGAUUGCACUCUUAAAUUUGCUCCAAAAAAUAGGCGGUGAAAAUACUUGACUUAACUCUUCAGUUCUGUCUUCAUAAAUAAGGGUUGGAAAAGAGUCUUACCUGUGUGACACCUGAACUGUUAGUAUAGCGAUCUGAAAUCUAAUCGGUCACAAAAUCCUCCACACAGGCCUUCUACCUCAAAGGACCGUCCUCUCAGUGUUCAUUUCUGCACAAGACUGCAGUUCAGUUCAGUGCACUCUGACAGCGCCGUCUACAUCAGAGCUUCAGUAUACAAUAAGCCAAUCUCCAGUUCCAUCAUAAUGAUUUGCGUCGCUUGUCUUGAAUCAAAGAUGUGACUCAGAUCUUAGUGCCUUCUGUGGGAGGAAACAAGCGUGUGCACGGGCUGGAUCGCAGGACCUGCUCGUAUCUGAUGCUAACAUGGCUAUUCAGUGUUCUGAUCCAAAGUGGACAGCCCACUCCACUCCUGUCAUUAGAAUGCAUCUCCGUGGGUGUAGAGUACCACUCAGUCCUCCACUCUGUAUGCAAAUAUGUGCCUGCCUUGACGCCGUUUUCAAAAACCACAUGCCAGAUCCUGCACGGGUGCAUUUUCCAAACCAGCGUUUGCCCGUGCUCGGACGGCUCGGUCAUUACCUGUAGUCGUCUCCAGGUCAAAUCCAGAUGACUUGCCAUGUAUGGGUUACGGACAAUGUUAGCUAUGAUGCUUGGCCAAGGUGGGUCAUUGUUUAGAGUGGGUCUGUGGAAACUGACUUGGGGAACACUGAAAAGGAAAAUGCCUGGUGAAAGCAUUUAGCUGCAGGAUUGGAUUUUUGGCCUGGAGUUUUGUUUUGUUUUACUGGCAGGUUACCAGUCAGUGGAGGAGCCUCCUGAGUAGCGUUGUACACAGCAUCUUCAGCGACACACUGAAUACACAAAUCAACAUGAAUGUAAAUGUUCUUGCUUUUGAUCUGAACUCCGUAAUUAAACUGAAAAUUAUUCCUAAAUAAAUCAUGUCACUGAUUGGCUCCAGUGUCCCUGGCUGACUUAAGACCCACUGCAGACAUUUUCUAACCCGUGCUAAGUGUUACUAGAGAAAACAUAAACCUGAGAACUCAGGACAGGAACUGGCUCUGACUGGUUGCCCGAAAGGGUUCGAUCAACAACAGAGGGCAGAAGUAUUCUGUGCUAGAAACACCCAAACUAAGUUCAGACUGAUAGCUGCUGCAGUACGGUACUUUUGAAUAUGGCCACAAAUUCCAAAUUUCUGUUGACCCGUUUGUUGCAGCAACCUGAUUCUUUCUUUUUCCCAGAUUUCCAUUCACUUCCUUUGGUCCAACAGAAUUCCACGUGAAGAGUAAAUGUGAAACUUUGCAACACUUCAGUCCACCUUUUUACAGCUUAUCACUGUCAGAGUGCAAUCUGUUAUUAUUUCUCAAGCAGGCAGAGUGUAACUAUGAAAACCAGGCUGUGAUUUCUCAUUCCCCCAUUAGAGACACUGUGGGCUGUCAGUUUCACCCUGCCACUCCUCAGUCUGUAGUAAACACACAGAGCUGAACACACUAAUCAUCAGUGAGACUCUGGGAGGGACAGAAGAGGGAUUAUUUUAAAAAAAGAAAACAAAUGUGAAAUCGCUCACGGUGCCACGCCCACUGUAUUAUGUGUGACCGAUGGAAAACGAGGAUCGCGAAUAAUCUUGUCAGCCACGCGUGGCAUCGGUCUUGAACAGCCUUUUCAGAUGGAGAUGAAGGCGUGUGUGGGAGUGCUGAAAUUAAGGUAGCCCUGGAUUAUUUGGAGUGGACGAUGUUUUCUUCUACUGGCAAAGUUUUUUUCUUUUUGUUUUUUUCUUUUUGUACAUGUAGCACAAUUGAGCAUUGCACUUGGGCGCCAUACCUUACCUCAUGUCAAAGUGUGAAAGGGACUGAACAAUGGAGGAAAAAGCAGUGUGUGUAUAUAUGAUGCCAUGUUAUUAAGGACUAACUUGUGGUUCAGGCUUUGCUGCUGUCUCAGUUGCUGGUGUUACACAAAUCUAUGUUUAAAAUGAGAGAAUGAGACGAUUGGAGAGGAAAGAUAAAACCGUGCCUGCAGGCUCUCACCUGACAAAUACACUGUAAGAAGAAUCUCUGUAAUUGGGGCUAAAAUGUCUGGAUGUCAUGUGUCGGAUAUCCUGCCUUAAAUGUGUUUGGAAAUGAAUUGUAAAGUUAAACUGACACUUUGAAUUGAAUCCUGCUUUGUCACAGAAUGCAAACUAGCCCACCACAGGAGGAGGAAUGAGGCUGGCACAUGUAAUCAAACUUCCAACCUUUUGAGAACCUAAAGGAAAAAUCUACUCUAGAAGCAGCUCACAUGAGCACGUCUGCUCUUCAAGUGUAGGCUGAAAGUGGUCUGUCAUUCAAACGAAUUGGACCAUAAACUGUUUACAUUUGAUUGUCUGUGAUCUUCUGUGAAUUCUUUGCCUGUAAAAUUACUGUUCGCUGUGGAUGUAAUUAGAAUGUUUUGACACCAAUCAUGAAAAAAGUGACACUUUGAAGUCAAACUAUAUAGAUUACUGUAGUAACACUGUUUGGUCUUCAAGUUGGGAUUUAUCAGAACACCUUCAGCAUCAGCAGCAGUCUUCUUUCUGCGGCUGUUAUAAACGAGCAAACACUGCACUUCUUGGUCCUUUGUGCAAACUCCAAGAGUUACUAUGGAGACUCUAAAGUGGGUCACCUCCAGUAGCUCAAAGUAUCUAGCCCAUGCAGCUUUGUGUCCACAGCUCACUCUGUAAUUUUCCAUUUAAUUGAUGUGACUACAUAAAGUCUGUGGAAACAACAAAUUGUCCUUUUCAGUGUAGAGUAGAGCCUAACCAAAACAGCAAACUGUCAGUACUGAUAUAUUAACUGAUACUGGCUUUGUAAUACUUUACCAUUGUGUACUGUGGAUUUGACAAACUAUGAUUAUGUCAUUUCUUAAUCAAGCGUUCCUGAUCUUAAAACCACACAUUGUCUCAAUAAUACUUUAUUUUAUUUUGAAAUGUCAGGUGCUAUUACUGAUAUGGAAACGUUGAUGCAGGGUCCACAUGUCAGUUUCCAACAUGUGUUCCUAACGGCUCUGCUUUAGUGCGAGCUUAGACUAAUGGAUCUGACGCCUGAUUCAGAGUCAGUGAAUUUUAAGUCUCAGCCAGGUGUGUGCAGUUUAACAAACAGCAUAUUGUGGUGGUAGAAGUGCUUUAAUGUUUAUGGUGCUGAAGGUGGACGUGGACUCACUAUGGUGUGCUCGUGUAUUUGUUUAAGACCUUACAGUAGAUAUCAGUGGGUACUGUGACGAAUGGUAUGACAAUCUUGGAAAAUGGGUAAGGUUUUCUACAAUGCUUAAUUACAAUCAAGUUUCCAAAGUGUUUACAUUUUCUGUGAAUGACUGUCAGAAAAUUCUUUUUUUUUUUUUACAUCCACCGUGACAUCAGAGUUUCAAAUGUUUUUGUGUUGGGCAGGCACUAGAUCUCUAUGUCAGGUCGGCCACAUGCAUUUGGCUGAUUGGUUGUAAAUUUGUAAAGCAAAUGUCACCGUAUCCAGCAUUAUUGGUGUUUUUUAAGGUGGGUUUUUCCUUCAAGGAUCAAAUAUGGAGUGUAAGAAAACCAACAUUGCUUUGUUAAAUGUUAAACGGUGAAAAGUGGGGUAAAGAGAGAACUCUUGGCAGCAAGAUAUUGGUCUCAUGAAGCCAACGCGGAACAUCCUGUUCACCAUGCAGCAGAACACCAGCAGAAUGGAGCUACACAGAUCGAGUGAACUGUUAUCAGUAUGAGGAAUUAUGGGCCAUCACAACCUGCAGCAAAUAUAUUUAAGGGACUUGGGAAUAGAACUCAGUCAUACUGUAAUACCGUGCUGCAGUGGUUUGCGGUCUGCACCUUAUGGGUCACAAAUACCUUUAAUUCCCCCCCAUGUUUUUAUAAUUGUAGCCUGUUAUAUCUACAAUAAAAAUAAUGGUAUGGUUA